AUGGGCUUCACCGACUUCGUCUCCGACGCUGGCCUUACCCUCCUUAACAACUGGGUUUCCACUCGCAGCUACAUUGUUGGCUACGCUCCUUCCCAGGCUGAUGUCGCCGUCUUCAAGGGCGUGAGCGCCGCCCCCGACGCUGCCAAGUUCCCCCACGCUGCCCGCUGGUACAAGCACAUCGCCACUUUCGAGGCUGAGUUCGCUACUCUGCCCGGUGACGCCUCCAAGCCCGUCACCGAGUACGGCCCUGAGGCCGCUGAGCUCGCCGUCAACCCCGCCAAGGCUGCUGAGGAGGAGGAUGACGAUGUCGACCUCUUCGGCUCUGACGACGAGGAGGAGGACCCUGAGGCCGUGAGGGUCAGGGAGGAGCGUCUGGCUGAGUACAAGAAGAAGAAGGAGGGCAAGACCAAGCCUGCCGCCAAGUCCAUCGUCACCCUCGACGUCAAGCCCUGGGAUGACGAGACCAACAUUGACGAGAUGGCUGCGAACGUCAAGGCUAUCGAGAUGGACGGCCUUGUCUGGGGUGCCUCCAAGUUCGUUCCCGUCGGUUUCGGUAUCAAGAAGCUCCAGAUCAACCUGGUCGUUGAGGACGACAAGGUCUCUCUUGAUGACCUCCAGGCGAAGAUCGAGGAGGACGAGGACCACGUCCAGUCCACCGAUGUCGUUGCCAUGCAGAAGUUGUAG